AUGACAACCACCUAUACUAGAUCUGAUGUAGCAAAACAUAACAAAGAAGACGAUUUAUGGCUGAUUUACAAUGGAAAGGUAACGUUAUUUUAAUGUUUUUCGAUUUCAGUUUCUUUUUUAAAUUAUUUUAGAAGUUUCUAAUGGUCGAAAAAUGAUUGACAUAUUGUUUCAGGUUUAUAACAUGACUUCUUACUAUAGUCAACAUCCUGGCGGAGAUGCUAUGUUACAUAAGGCUGGAAAGGUAAGGUGGUUUCAUUGAGAUUUUUUACUACUUCUACCUUACCCCUGUUACCUACCCCUACUCCUACCCCUACCCCUACUCCUAUUCCUACCCCUAUCCCUACCUUUCUUACUAUAAGCCCUUGCUUUUACUCCUACUGCUGCCUCUACCGAGUUGUAUACCUUUCUCUACCUUUGCCUCUAUUCGUACCCCUGUUUCUAACACUAGUCAUACUCCUACCCUUAAGUUUAAUUUUCCCUACUUCUACCGCUACUGUUACUCCUACCCAAGCUUCUACCUUUACUUCUACCCUCUAAUUCUAUUCUUAUUUUUCUUUCUAUCUGGUCUUUUUUUACCGCUAUCUCUACCAAUAUUCUUACUCCAUGAUAUUUUCAUCCUUACUUCUACCCCCUAAGAAAAAACUUAUAGGUAGUACAAAGACAAGUUUUACUUAUAUUUUUCUCACUUUUAUAAUAUUACAGGAGCUCCAUUUUCAAUUUCAGGACGUUUCAUUGGUCCUGGAUUCAGUCGCCGGCCAUGGGUUUGCAUUAACCUUCAUUCACAAGAAACUGAAGGAACUUUACAUUGGAGAAUUGGCUUGA